UGUUCUGACGAGGAACAUUUGCAUAUGGUUCAUUUUAGCACCUGAACCUAAGGCGAAUGCUGGGUUCUUCGACGCCAUUUUGUAGUUUGACUUGUUCGAUUAUUUUUUCGCAGCAUAUUCGCAUUUGGCAUUUCAUCCCAACAGGCUUACUAGUACUACAACACCAGGGAGAUGGAACGCCCUCGAACUCACACUGGGGAGAAACCCUACAUCUGUGACGAGUGUGGGUACAGGACAGCUCGCAAGUCCAACUUAGCUCAACACAUGAGAACCCACACAGGGGAAAGACCUUACAGGUGUGACCAGUGUGACUAUUCUGCAGCACAGAAAUCCAAUUUGGACCAACAUCUAACAAAACACACGGGAGAAAAACCCUACAUGUGUGGGGUGUGUGGGUACAGGGCAACUCAAAAGUCUUCCUUAACUGUACACAUGAGAACCCACACAGGAGAUAAACCCUACAAAUGUGACCAGUGUGACUAUUCUGCAGCAACGAAAACCGCUCUGGACUAUCAUCUAGCCAAACACACUGGAGAGAAACCCUACAUGUGUGGGGAGUGUGGGUACAGGACAGCUCGCAAGACCGACUUAGUGCAACAUAUGAGAACUCAUACAGGUGAAAAACCCUACAUCUGUGAUGAGUGUGGGUACAGGACAACUCGCAAGACCACCUUAGCAAAUCAUAUAAGAACUCAUACAGGUGAAAAACCCUACAAGUGUGACCAGUGUGACUAUUCUGCAGCACAGAAAGCCGUUUUUGAUUGCCAUCUCACAAAGCACAAAGGUGAAAAACCCUUCAUGUGUGAUAAGUGUGGGUACAGGUCAGCUCACAAGUCCGCUUUAUCCCAACAUAUGAAAACCCACUCAGGUGAGAAACCCUACAAAUGUGACCAGUGUGACUAUUCUGCAGCAGAAAAGUACUCUUUGGACUACCAUCUAAGUAAACACACUGGUGAUAAACCCUACAUGUGUGGGGAGUGUGGGAACAGGACAGCUUCUAAGCCUAUCGUAUCCCGACAUAUGAAAACUCACAUCAAACCCUACAUGUGUGAGGAGUGUGGGUACAGGGCAGCUCGCAAGUUCACCAUAUCCCAACAUAUGACAACUCACAAAGGAGAGAAACCCUAUAUGUGUGGGGAGUGCGGUUACAGGACAGUUUGUAAGUCUAUUAAACUUAUCCCGACAUAUGAAAACUCACACAUGAGACAAACCCUACAUGUGUGGGGAGUGUGGAUACAGGACAGCUAAAAAGUCUUCCUUAUCCCAACAUAUGAAAACUCACACAGGAGAUAAACCCUACAUGUGUGGGGAGUGCGGUUA